AUGAUACUGGCAGAAGUCCCCUUCAUAAUAAUACCGGAGGGGGAACGAGGUGGGGAACGAGGUGGGAACGUGGUGGGCAACGUGGUGGGCAACGAGGGGGAACGAGGUGGGAACGAGGUGGGCAACGUGGUGGGCAACGAGGGGGUGGGCAACGAGGGGGGGAACGAGGGGGGAAACGAGGUGGGCAACGAGGUGGGCGAGGGGGGAACGAGGGGGGAACGAGGGGGAACGAGGGGGAACGAGGGUAUGAACCCAGAACUAGCCCCAUUCUAUUUCUGUGGCUAUAAUUGCCACUGCUCUCCAUAUAUCAGGUUGUCAGAAUCAGACUUGAAGACCUCCAAGUCUGAAAGGGACAGCGCUCACACUGCCGUCACGUCUGAAAGGGACAGAGCUCACUCUGCCGUCACGUCUGAAAGGGACAGAGCUCACACUGCCGUCACGUCUGAAAGGGACAGCGCUCACACUGCCGUCACGUCUGAAAGGGACAGCGCUCACACUGCCGUCACCUGGGUGCAGAGUUUUGGCCACGAGGGUCUGGGACUGCUGCUAGACAUUCUGGAGAAGCUGCUCCACAAGAAACACCAGGAUAAACCUGACAAGAAGAGCCAGCAUAAAGUCAUCCAGUGCCUCAAAGCCUUCAUGAACAACAAGUAUGGUUUGGAGCGUAUCCUGUCAGAGGAGAAGUGUCUGUCCCUGUUGGCCCGAGCUAUCGACCCCACCCAGCCCGCCAUGAUGACCGACGUGGUCAAGCUGCUGUCAGCCAUCUGCAUUGUGGGCGAGGAGAACACUUUGGAGAAGGUCCUUGAAGCCGUCACCACAGCAGGAGAACACAGGGCCACGGAGAGGUUCAGUCCAAUCGUAGAAGGACUCAGAGAUCGCUCCGUCCAAUUACAAGUGGCCUGCAUGCAGCUCAUCAAUGCUCUGGUGACGUCUCCAGACGAGCUGGACUUCAGGCUUCACAUCAGGAAUGAGUUCAUUCGCUCCGGCCUCAGAGAGAUUUUACCGCAUCUGACAACGAUCAGGAACGAUGCCCUGGACAUUCAGCUCAAGGUGUUUGAGGAGCACAGGGAAGAGGAUCUGAUGGAGCUCAGUCACCGGCUGGAGGACAUCAAGAGUGAACUGGAUGAUGUGGGAGAUGUGUUCAACGUGGUUCAGAGUAUGGUGAAGGACACCGGAGCAGAGGUCUACUUCCUCUCCAUCCUACAACACCUAAUGCUCAUCCGGAACGACUACUUUGUCCG